AUAAAAUCAGCAAACGGCGAAAAUGUCUAAACAGUUUCUUUUUAAAAUCGUGUGCGUACAUUUCAGUUAAAAGCUUUGUUGUCAACAAUAGUGGAAAUUAAUAUAAAAAAUUAAAUAUUUAAUAUGACUAAUGGUUUUAAGAAAAUGUACAAAAAAAUUCUUAUCGGUUCGGCUGUGGCGCUCGUCUUUGGCAUUUUUAUUGGAUUUAUAGGCUUUCCAAAAUUAUUAAAUAAAACGAUGAAGGGGCAAUUGAAUUUGAAACCCGGCAGCGAGCCACGGCAAAUGUGGGAAAAAUUUCCAAUUGCACUCAAUUUCUCCAUUUACGUAUUCAAUGUGACAAAUCCUGAUGAGGUACAAAAUGGCGGCAAACCGCGAUUGCAGGAGGUCGGACCGUUUGUGUUUGAAGAAUGGAAGGACAAAUAUGAUUUGGAGGACUUUGAGGAUGAGGAUGCGGUGGCCUAUAAUAUGCGCAACACUUUCAUUUUCAGACCCGACAUGGGACUCAGUGGCGAGGAGUUAAUUGUGAUGCCACAUCCACUAGUACAAAUUAUGGCCAUCGCUGUUAAACGCGACAAAGAAGUCAUGAUCAAUAUGAUAGCCGAGGGCAUUGAAGCGCUCUUCAAACCCAAAACACCCUUCGUACGCGCACCUUUUAUGGACAUCUUCUUCAGAGGCAUCGAUGUCGACUGUUCGGUGGAUCAUUUUGCAGCGACGGCUAUUUGUUUAAACUUUCAUACUGGCGCGAUUAAGGGGGCGGAAAAAAUUAAUGAAACUCAUUUCAAAUUCUCACUAAUGGGAGGGGCCAAUCACACUGACGCCGGACGCUAUAAAGUAGCCAGAGGCGUGAAGGUUAGUCGCGAUAUUGGACGUGUACUGGAAUUCGACGAUGCCGAAGAGCUGAGCGUUUGGAAUGGUGAUAGCUGUAAUCAAUAUCGCGGCACUGAUACGACAAUUUUUGCACCACUCAUGAAACCCGAAGAAGGACUCUGGUCAUUCGCGGCCGAUCUGUGUCGUUCGUUGGGUGCAGAAUUUGAGAAGCGGACCAGCUAUGCUGGCAUACCAGCAUAUUAUUAUACGCUCGACUUGGGCGACCCAAAGAACGAACCAGAAAAUCAGUGCUUUUGUAGAAACUAUCCAGACGAAUGUCCACCUAAAGGAACUAUGGAUUUAACGCCAUGUAAUGAGGCGCCCAUGAUUGUUUCGCUGCCACACUUUUUCAAAGCCGAUCCGCAGUUGGUGGCCGAUGUGGAUGGUUUGAAUCCGCAAGAGGAUAAACAUGGUGUAUUUAUCAUAUUCGAAAGAAUAUCGGGCACACCCUUAUCUGCCGCUAAACGUCUACAAUUCAGCCUUUCGGUGAUGCCCGUGCCCGAAGUGGAGAGUAUGAAGAAUUUGCGUACACUCACCAUGCCACUAUUUUGGGUAGAAGAGGCAGCAAGCUUGGAUAAGACAUGGACCGAUAUGUUGAAGAAAAAAGUUUUCUUAGUUAUCAAAAUCAACAACAUUUUUAAAUGGAUGUCGACGGUUGUGGGAGCCUGCGGCCUGCUGUUUAGCCUCUAUAUGCUUUGUGGUAAUAAGCAAAUCACCACGACAAAUGUUGCACCAACUGCCGAUACCAAAUCUAUCGAUAAACAUUAAUGGAAUUACUAAAUUAAGUAUCAGCAAAAAAUGAGUAAUAGUAGAAAAACGCUUUAUUUAAGGAAUUAGUGAAUGUGUUGUAGUAAUGUAGCUGCAGUAAAUACUUUAGCACAUACAUAUGUACAUACUUAUGUAUGUACAAUUCUUUUAGCAGCAAUAAAUUUAAAUUAGUGAUGUCCUCUAGACGUAUGUGCAUG